UCUUUGCAUCUGGAUUGGAUUUACUGUGGGAUAUUGGAAAUUGUGUUGUUACAUUUAUUAGUGUUAAAGACUUUUCUCAAUAAUUAAAAGAAUUAAAGAAAAAAAAAAAAAACAAAAUAAAUAAAAAAUUGAAAAAUGAAGCAGUGGAUAAUUAUUGUGAUAAAUACCUUGCUUCUUAUUGGAUUGGCUUCAGCAGCUCUUAAAUCAUUCGAUAAGGACUCAGAAAAAGUGCUUGAAAAAACAUCAGAGAAAAUUUAUCCCAAAAAAGUUAUAACACUAAAGAAAAAACCAACAAAAUCACCAAUCACCAAAUCACCCAUAGACUCAUUUAAAGAUUUGCCAGAUGAUGAUUUAGAGUUUAUCAAAGAACUUGAUAAGCAAUUCAAAUUACAUGGCGACAAAAUUAAAAUUAAGGUCGAACGAGAAAAUACCACUACAAAGAACUCAAAACGAACGGUUGAAGGUGACUUAGGUUAUGGGUAUUACAAUGGUCAAGAGUCAGGGGGUGGUUAUGACUAUCCAAAACCUACAUUUAGGUUUUAUCCAUACUCACAACAUGACAUUCCGGCUUCAGCACCAGGGUAUCACAUCAAAAAUGAAGAACAAUCUACGAUUUCAAUUAUCCCGUCUUAUUCGUAUGAAUUAAAGCAGAAUGGAAAUGGAGGCUAUGAAACUAAAACUCCAUUUGUCCCCUCACAACCUGAUCUAGGACCAAAUGAAUAUCAUCAACAAGAAGAGGGACCAUCUCAUGGCCAUGUACAAGAACAAGGACUAACACAAACACAAGGAGAAGGUCAUGGUCAUGGUCAAUACAACGAGCCUGUUAUUGUACUUCGCAUUCCUGGACCUACGAAAUACGCAUCUCACUUACAAAGUCUACUCCAACAAUAUUUGGAAAUACGAGCUGCACACUACCUUAAAAUUCUUGAAGAAACAGAAAAUCAAAAGCAACAUCAGCAACAGCAGCAACAACAGCAUCAAUACCAACAAUACGAUCAGGUUCAGGAGAAACCCCAAGAAGUCCAUUACGAACAUCAACAACAGCAACAACAACCAGAAGAACCCCAGAACUAUGGAUAUGCAGAGCAACAUUAUCCAGCUAUUGAUGAUGUUUAUCAAAGCUUUAAGGGCAGACAACAAGAGACGCACCAAGUAGUAGAACAACAAUAUACCCAACAAGCCGUCCAUGGAGAACAACCGCAGCAAUACUACUAUAUGCAAGUUGAUCAGGAACAGCCUGUUCAUGCUCCAACUCCUACUCAUACAGCUGGACAAACCUAUCAAACAAUGUACUAUUAUGCCAUGGAACCACCAGAUUAUGGUCAUCAAAGUAUAUAUGUCCUACCACAAGGAUAUGAUGAUACCCCACUCCCAAUAACUGAAAACAAUCCACGGAGCACACACACAAAAGUUCAUUUCACCGACUCCGAUAAUACAGACCAUUCAACUCAAUACCCAUUGCCGUCGAUAAAACCAUUUGAACGUCAUGCACCAACAGCUACACCAAUCCAUGAGAGCUAUCAAGCCGAUGAUGGACAAGCCACAGAUUACCAACAUCAACAAACAGACCAGCAAUAUUAUCAAGCUUCAAGUUCGUCACCAUCACAGGUCGUUUCAAUAACUCAAAGGCCAUUCAAUUAUCACGCUCACUCCUUGCGGAUUAAGAGUUCCAAGCGCAAUGCAACUCCCCUCGGAGCAGGUUUAAGCCAGAACCGCAGAAGGGUACAAACACAAAUGAAUCGACAAAGGACUUCUGAUAAAAAUCUAUCAAGACGAGCCAAGAAAGAAACUGUAUAGAAAUCUCACUCCUUGCGUUAGUCCUAAGAUCUAAUUUUUAAUGCAAACUAUUGAAAGCUUACUGUAAGAUAUUUUUUUAUAUAAUUUGUAUUUUAUUUUAAAAAUAAACCAGUGCAAUAUGUAUAUAACUUUGUAAAAAAAAAAUUAAAU